AUGAAGUUGAACAUUUCUUACCCAGUCAACGGGUCUCAAAAGACCUUCGAAAUUGAUGAUGAACACCGUAUUCGUGUUUUCUUCGACAAGAGAAUCGGUCAAGAAGUCGAUGGUGAAGCCGUUGGUGAUGAAUUCAAGGGCUACGUCUUCAAGAUCUCUGGUGGUAACGACAAACAAGGUUUCCCAAUGAAGCAAGGUGUUUUGUUGCCAACUAGAAUCAAGUUGUUGUUGACCAAGAACGUUUCUUGUUACAGACCAAGACGUGAUGGUGAAAGAAAGAGAAAGUCCGUCAGAGGUGCCAUUGUUGGUCCAGAUUUGGCUGUCUUGGCUUUGGUCAUUGUCAAGAAGGGUGAACAAGAAUUGGAAGGUCUAACUGACACUACUGUUCCAAAGAGAUUGGGUCCAAAGAGAGCUAACAACAUCAGAAAGUUCUUCGGUUUGUCCAAGGAAGAUGACGUUCGUGAUUUCGUCAUCAGAAGAGAAGUCACCAAGGGUGAAAAGACUUACACCAAGGCUCCAAAGAUCCAAAGAUUGGUUACUCCUCAAAGAUUGCAAAGAAAGAGACACCAAAGAGCUUUGAAGGUCAGAAACGCUCAAGCUCAAAGAGAAGCUGCUGCCGAAUACGCUCAAUUGUUGGCUAAGAGAUUGUCUGAAAGAAAGGCUGAAAAGGCCGAAAUCAGAAAGAGAAGAGCUUCUUCUUUGAAGGCUUAA